UGGGCAAGAUGCGUAGUAGCUGAGCACCCUUCUGACACUCUCCUCAGAAUCAGCUUUGGAGAUGCUUUCACCCUGUCCGUCUUCUUCGGCAGCCAGACAGAGUGCUGACUCCUUCACAGCAGUGAGGAACUCUUCUGGCAUCAGAAGCUCUUAAAUCUGAUCUACAAUGGAAAAAUUUCUUUUUUAUCUGUUUUUCAUGGGCAUAGCAGUGAGAGCUCAGAUCUGUCCAAAGCGUUGUGUCUGUCAGAUUUUGUCUCCUAAUCUCGCAACCCUUUGUGCCAAGAAAGGGCUUUUAUUUGUUCCACCAAACAUCGACAGAAGAACUGUGGAGCUGCGGUUGGCAGACAAUUUUGUUACAAAUAUUAAAAGGAAAGAUUUUGCCAAUAUGACCAGCUUGGUGGACCUGACUCUAUCCAGGAAUACAAUAAGUUUUAUUACACCUCAUGCUUUUGCAGACUUGCGAAAUUUGAGGGCAUUGCAUUUGAAUAGCAACAGAUUGACUAAAAUUACAAACGAUAUGUUCAGUGGGCUUUCCAAUCUCCAUCAUUUGAUACUGAACAACAAUCAGCUGACUUUAAUUUCUUCUACAGCAUUUGAUGAUGUCUUUGCCCUUGAGGAGCUGGACCUGUCCUACAAUAAUUUAGAAACGAUUCCUUGGGAUGCAGUUGAAAAGAUGGUUAGCUUGCACACCCUUAGUUUGGAUCACAAUAUGAUUGAUAACAUUCCCAAGGGGACUUUCUCCCACUUGCACAAGAUGACUCGGCUAGAUGUAACAUCAAAUAAAUUGCAGAAGCUACCACCUGACCCUCUCUUUCAGCGAGCUCAGGUACUAGCAACCUCAGGAAUAAUCAGCCCGUCAACUUUUGCAUUAAGCUUCGGUGGAAACCCUUUGCAUUGCAAUUGUGAAUUGUUGUGGUUGAGGCGUCUGUCCAGAGAAGAUGACCUAGAGACUUGUGCUUCUCCAGCACUUUUAACUGGCCGCUAUUUUUGGUCAAUUCCCGAGGAAGAGUUUUUAUGUGAGCCUCCUCUCAUUACUCGUCAUACACAUGAGAUGAGAGUGCUGGAAGGUCAAAGGGCAACCCUGAGGUGCAAAGCCAGGGGGGACCCUGAACCUGCAAUUCACUGGAUUUCUCCUGAAGGGAAGCUUAUUUCAAAUGCAACAAGAUCUCUGGUGUAUGAUAACGGAACACUUGAUAUUCUUAUAACGACUGUGAAGGAUACAGGUGCUUUUACCUGCAUUGCUUCCAAUCCUGCUGGGGAAGCAACACAAACAGUGGAUCUUCAUAUAAUAAAACUCCCUCACUUACUCAACAGUACAAAUCAUAUCCACGAGCCUGAUCCUGGUUCUUCAGAUAUCUCAACUUCUACAAAGUCAGGUUCUAAUGCAAGCAGUAGUAAUGGUGAUCCUAAAAUGAGUCAAGAUAAGAUUGUAGUAGCAGAAGCGACAUCAUCCACGGCACUACUUAAAUUUAAUUUUCAAAGAAAUAUUCCUGGAAUACGUAUGUUCCAAAUCCAGUACAAUGGUACUUAUGAUGACACCCUUGUUUACAGAAUGAUACCUCCCACGAGCAAAACUUUUCUUGUCAAUAACCUGGCUGCUGGAACUAUGUAUGACUUGUGUGUCUUGGCAAUAUAUGAUGAUGGCAUCACUUCGCUCACUGCCACGAGAGUCGUGGGUUGCAUCCAGUUUACUACGGAACAGGAUUAUGUGCGAUGCCACUUCAUGCAGUCCCAGUUUUUGGGAGGCACCAUGAUUAUUAUUAUCGGUGGAAUCAUUGUAGCAUCUGUGCUGGUUUUCAUCAUCAUCCUAAUGAUCCGGUAUAAGGUUUGUAACAAUAAUGGGCAACACAAGGUCACCAAGGUCAGCAAUGUCUACUCUCAAACUAAUGGGGCUCAAAUCCAAGGCUGUAGUGUAACUCUGCCCCAGUCCAUGUCCAAACAAGCUGUGGGACAUGAAGAGAAUGCCCAGUGCUGUAAAGUUGCCAAUGACAAUGUGAUACAAUCUUCAGAAACUUGUUCAAGUCAGGACUCCUCUACCACUACCUCUGCUUUGCCUCCUACCUGGACUUCAAGCACUUCUGUGACCCAGAAGCAGAAAAGAAAGACUGGCACAAAGCCAAGUACCGAACCACAGAAUGAAGCCGUCACAAAUGUUGAGUCCCAAAACACUAACAGGAACAACUCAACUGCAUUGCAGUUAGCUAGUCGACCUCCUGAUUCUGUCACAGAGGGGCCCACAUCUAAAAGAGCACAUUCAAAGCCAAAGGCUGGAGUUAAUCUGAAGAGCACUACUUCUUUCUCUCCUGAGAAAAGUUGCCACUGAUAUUUUUACUGGAUAAAAUUUAAAAAUGUUUCAAUUCACAAAGGCUAAUUGUUGAACUGGUGUCCUAGAAGAAAUUGUUCACAGGAGCCGAAGCAGAAGUCUCGGACGGUGGCGGAGCUGGCUCUAUCAGACCAUGGUUCAUCCUCUUUUAAAGCCAAAUUUUUUUUUCUUCUGGCCUACAAGUAUUUUUUUUUAAAGAAGGAAAGAAAAAAGCCUACAUUGGCAUCAAGUUCUGUAUCAAUCCAUGUUACAUUGCCAUCCAUGAUUUAAGACUGUAGAAUCUUGAAUAAUCUAUAUCACUUUAACAAAUAAAUGUUUUACUAUGA